CGGCGCUGAGGGGAGGGGGGGGGGGGGGGGGGGCGGGUGCUCCUGUGGAUUGUAAGCUCUUGUGCUCACAACCUUCUGUGUUGGAGUAUUUAAAGUGACAGCGCACCAUUAUCGCAGCCCCGUGUAAUCUCCUGUACCUGGUGGUUUUCUUUCCGAUUCCUGUCCGUAUUCCAUCCUGACCCCUCCCCCUCUGGAGCCUCUAGAUACAUUGUUGCCAUGUAAUGAUAUAACUGUAUUGUCUCCGCUGCAGCCAUGCAGGACGCCAACAACCUGCACCGGCUCCUGGGCCGGAUCCGCUGUGUUCUGGAGUGCAUCGACUGUUUCCGCCGCGCCGUGCCGCUCCCUGAGGCGCUGUGCUACGUUCCCGGGGAAGUCCUCUACAAGGUCUGUAAGGACCCCAGCAGCGCGUCCUCCGCCCGCUCCCUGCUCACCGUGUGGGAGGCCCCCGGCUACUCCAAGCAGAACCUCAAGAAGCUGUCGCGUGCCACCGUGGAAAUCCGUAAAGGAAGCUGCAUCCGAGCCACGGGGGAGAAGUACGGAAACGCUAGCGGCCUCUGGGUGAAGCUUAGCAAGGAGCAGAUGGCGGAAUACAAUGAGUGCUGUGACAUGGCGGAGGGCUGGGUGCUGCUCUGCCAGCAGGACGAGGGCGGCGAUCGGCUGGUGCCCAUCGAGUCGCCCAACAAAGCCUUCAGACAGCAGCAGAUAUUUGGGGUGGAUUACAAUCCCCUGAGCAAGUGGGAGGACGUCAUGGACGCCACAUUCUCCGUGCAUCUCAGCAGAAAAUCCCGGAUCACGGAGCGCGAUGUGGAGGCCACUGAGAAGCUACGGUUCGUCCCUCCCUCUUGGACGUACGAGUGCGAUGAAGAUCUGGUUCACUUCUUAUAUGAGUGCGUCGGGAAGGAGGAUGAGAAUUUUGGGGACAUAAAGCAGUUUGUGGAAAGCAUCAACGUGUCGUCCUUUGCGGAGGAGAACAGUGUGCCCUUUCUGACGGACGGCCGCCAUGACACGUACUGGCAGAGCGACGGAUCCGAAAACCAGCACUGGAUCCAGCUGCUCAUGAAGGAAGGCACCAUCAUCAAGAAGCUGCUGCUGACCGUCGACUUCAUGGAUGGGAGCUUCAUGCCCAAGAGGGUCUUGGUCUUCGGGGGCGAGAGAGAUUCCCUGAAGAAACUGAGUGAUGUCGUCAUAGAGGAUAACCUCAUUGGCGACGUGUGUAUCCUGGAUGACAUGACGUCACACAUGCCGGUCAUCGAGAUCCGCUUCACCGAGUGCUUUGAUGACAGGCUCGAUGUCCGGAUCCACGGGAUAAAGAUUAAGUCCUCUAAGGAGAGGGAUUUGGGGCUCACGGCCGACAUGUUUCACCCUCCCAACCUGGUACGAUACCCGCGCCUGGAAGCCAUUGACCCUGGUGUCCUGUACCGGAGAGCGACCGUCAUCAAGAGAUUUGUCAAGCUGCUCGACAACGUCCUCCAUCGCCUCGUUCCCCUCUGGGACCACAGUGUCGGCACGUUUAACCAGUUGAAGCACAUUAAACCGUUCCUGCUUCUGUCCAAAUGCCGCAGUCCGCUCAUCACGCAGUGCCUGAAGGACUCCGAGACCAGCAGACCCAACUCCAUGCCGCGGCUGUACAUAAACCGCCGGCUGGCGGUGGAGCACAGGGACAACCCGGCUCUGGACCCCACCUACAAGAAGACCGUCUUCAGCCAGGUGUACGAAGGCCUGAAGCCCACAGAUAAGUCGGAGAAGCCGCUGGACUACCGGUGGCCGAUCAUUUAUGACCAGUGGUGGGAGUGUAAAUUCAUAGCAGAGGGAAUCAUUGAUCAAGGUGGAGGUUUUCGUGACAGUCUGUCUGAUAUAUCAGAAGAGCUCUGCCCCAGUUCGGCGGAUUCUCCCAUGCCGCUGCCGUUUUUCGUGCGCACAUCUAAUCAGGGGAAUGGCAUCGGCGAAGCGCGGGAUAUGUACGUAACCAACCCGUCCUGCAGGGAUCUGGCAAAGUACGAGUGGAUCGGGCAGCUGAUGGGCGCAGCGCUGCGGGGCAAGGAGUUCCUGGUCCUGGCAUUACCCGGCCUCAUAUGGAAGCGGCUGACUGGCGAGGAAGUGAGCUGGAGCAAAGAUUUCCCAUCCAUCGAUUCUCUGCUUGUGAAGCUGCUUGAGAUGAUGGAGGUGAUGGAUAAGGACACAUUUGAGUUUAAGUUUGGCGGGGAGCUGACGUACACAACGGUCCUCAGCGAUCAGAGGAUGGUGGAGCUGGUGCCUGGAGGCAGCAACAUAUCCGUGCGCUACGAGGACCGCCUGGAAUUCAUCCGGAUGGUGCAGAAAGCGCGACUGGAGGAGAGCAAAGAGCAGAUUGAAGCCCUCCAGGCCGGGCUGCUGAAAGUCGUUCCUCAGGCUGUGUUGGACCUUCUCACCUGGCAGGAACUGGAAAAAAGAGUCUGCGGAGACCCUGAAAUCUCUGUAGAGGCCUUAAAAAAACAAGCCAGGUUUGAGGAAUUGGAACCAACAGACACUCGGGUUCUGUAUUUUUGGGAGGCCCUAAGUAACUUCACAAACGAGGAUCGCAGCCGCUUCCUCAGGUUUGUCACUGGGCGCAGUCGUCUUCCAGCGCCGAUUUACAUCUUUCCAGGUAAAUUCAGUUCAGAGACUACGGACGCCCUCCCGGAAUCCUCCACCUGCUCCAGCAUUUUAUACCUGCCCAUCUACCCCAGCGCCAAGAUCUGCGAGGAGAAGCUGCGCUACGCUGCGUACAACUGUGUGGCCAUCGAUACAGACAUGAGCCCAUGGGAGGAAUAA